AUGCUCGAGCACCUCGCGCACGAUAUCCUGUGGAACGGCGAGGACGAAGGUCGAGUCUAUCCUCGCGAUCAAUACGACGACGGCCGUGCUGGUCUCAAGCGAUGGCUCGACCCUGCUGACGCGAAUAGGAACCUCUGUCCCGGUUGUGGGUGUGAUUAUUUCGAGAUUGUCGAGAGCUUUGAUGGUGCCGAACUUGAUGACUCAAGCAAGCUCCCAAAAGAUCUUGUGAGGCAAUGCAUUCUCUGUCUUGAGCGGAAGCUCUGA